AUGCUGGAGCCCUGCAGUCGCAGUAAAAGUGAAAGAACCAGAGCAGCAUCCACAAAUUCGAAACGUGCGGGGUGUGAGUGCAAGGCCGAAUGGAAGUACUCGAUAUUGGUAUGCUUCGCCCAUGAAGCAAACCUCAGAAACUUCUGUGUUGUUGAAGGAUGUAGCAUGGAACCGAUCCUAGGAAUCUAUGACCCGAACGCCAAGAAUGUGCUGAAGCGUGGGUGUCGAGCAAACCGGUCCUUCUUUUCAUAUUCAGACAGGGUAGCCAUCAGUGACUCUCUGUGGCCACCAUGUAUAAUUGACGCCGAUGGCAAGAGCGGUCUCUUUGGUGGCGCAGAGGAGAGAUCAGCGGUCCGCCUUAAUUCAGGUGAUGUUUGCGGGAUGACUGAUCUCCAUAAUCGAUUGUUUUUCGGUGGGGACUUAAUCGAGGUUGAGCUGGGCACAGUGGGAGUAAUCCACCCAUAUAAGAGGCUUCCUCAUAGACCGGGGCUGAUUGGGCGAUGCCACCUGCAAACGCACGAAGUGCAGCUUGCCAUUCUCGGGCCUCUGCCGAAGAAGCGUGGGGCCAGACCCGGGGGGGAACGCUUGGCGAAGGCUCCCUCCUACAACAGCAGAGCCUUCCGGGAGCGAACCGUCUCACGAUUGCGCAAACGUUCACGGAAUGCGGACAGAGUUCGAAUCCCUGAGAGAGCUGACGUCUGCACCAUGCUUUUGAUCGCGCAAGCAGUCAACCAUCCACAACUACAGCUCCGCCUGCGCCAAUCCAACUUUGACUGGCAUCAACUGGCUGAUAAUCUGGAACGGUUUAGGGUCAUUUGUGCCGUUUGGUCAGUCUUCAACAGUAUCCGAGCGUUAGAUGAGGAGAGUCUUCGGAGGAAGCUGAGGCUAGAGAGGCUCAGCGGAGACUCCUUGACAUCGGGACAGGCGGCUCAGAGCGACCGGUCUGUUUUCAAUGUGGAAAAAGCUGACCAUAAUGACACACAAUUUGGCCUCGGCGCGCUGGAGCGAAUCAGGAGGACAAGACAGCAAUGCAGCUGCAAAUGUUCACAGGGUCAGAAACGUAGCAAGGACAUCAGUAAAAUCGUCCCAGAAUGUAAUCAACCGUUGUGUCUUUGUCAUGCAACACGUCUUCAUGUGUUUCAUGUCAUCAGGACUGUGAAUGAGUGCUACAAACAGGCCACGGGGCUGGUGGUGACCGAAAUGACAUCGGAAAACUGUGUGAGACCGCAGUGGGGAGUCCAGCGGAUCAGCGCUCAUGUGAAUGAUCUCCUCGUCUGCCCUCUGAGGAGAUAUUUAGAGAGUGUGGACAGUCCGUCCAUCCAGUGGUACAAGAACUGCGAGCUCCUUCAAGAAGAUGAGAAAUUUGCUUCAAAUAAAGAUAUGCUCUACAUACGCAAAGUACAUCACGAUGACGCCGGAUUUUACACCUGCAAAUUGACCUUUCGUUUAGCUGGAGUUAUACGUGAAAUAGCCGAAACUAUAGAGUGUGACGUGAAAGAUGAGUAUUUAAUGAAGCCACGAGUGAUCGAGCCUGUUAAUGAGAUCAUCAAAGUGGAGAGGGGUUCAUCCUUCAGGAAGGACUGCGUCGUCGAAGUUCAUGGCAAAGGCAUUUUGCUGGUUGAAGUGUUUUGGAAAGUUCUGCUGGAGUCUAAAGCGCAGUUCAUCUCCUUAAACACAUCACAUCGCGUUCAUCAGGAACCCAUGAAUGAAAGCCGAACGGAGAAUGGCUAUCGUAUUGUGCGCACGCUCUCAGUGUCUGCCGUAUCAGAGGAGGAUUUCUAUUUAAACUUCACCUGUUUGGCAUCCAGCAGCCGAGGACAUCCGACCGGUCAGAUCACACUCGUCCCUGCAGAUCCGAACCUUCUCUUGCUUCUUGGUCUUCUCCUGGGCUCGGUGGCAUUGCUCUUCGUGACUGGUGUGCUUCUGUGCACCACAUUCAAGGUGGAGCUGGCCUUGUCGGUCAGGACUGUGUUUCCAUUCCUCUACAAAACCACAGAUGGAGAUGGUAAGCAGUAUGAUGCAUACAUCGCCUAUCCCAGAGUUCUCGAGGGCUCAAGCAAAAAGGCUGAGAUUUUUGCGAUGAGCACUUUGCCGCAGGUUUUGGAGGGCCAGUACGGUUAUAAGUUGUUCAUCCUGGGCCGGGACGGCCUGCCAGGGGAAGCUGUGGUGGACGUGGUGCAGGACGCUCUGAGCCGCUGUCGCAGACUGCUGCUGCUCUACACAGCGUCGUCGCUCUGCAGCCCGGAGGCGCAGGACUGGGCCGAGCAGCAGACGGGUCUGUACCAAGCGCUGGUCGAGGACUCCAUGAGCGUGGUGCUGCUGGAGCUGGAGGAGAUCCGCCAGCCGCUGCGCCUGCCUCACGCCGUGCGCCUUCUCAAGGACAAACAGGGAGCUCUGCAGGCCUGGAAGAGAAGGAAGAGGUGGGCAUUCUGGGAUGGGAAGUCAGAGGAGCGUGUGACCUCUCUGGAGCCCUCUGCACGCUUCUGGAGGGAGGUGCGCUACCAUAUGCCUGUCAGAGGCAAAGCUAAGCAGAGAAAUUGGUUUAGUUUCUAGAUGAACACUAAAUGUGAGUACUCUGGCCAAGUUGUACAGUUCCCGGAUGAAUCAGAACAAUGCAGUCUUUCCUCUCUUUUGUUUUUAUUUUUGUUGAAUGAAUACUUUUAUUCAUCAAGGACGCAUUAAAUUGAUCUAAAGAGACAGUUUCUAUUUCAAAUAAAUGCUGUUCUUUUGAACUUUCUAUUCAUCAAAAAAUAGACCACUGAAAACUCCAGCAGUUGACGACAGAAACUGCUAUAAAGAAAGACCCUAAAACAACUGUUAGUGAGUGAAGAUAUCACAAUCUACUGUUUGCAGAAGACUUAAUGAACAAAAGUACAGAGGGUACACCAGAAGAUGCAAACCACCAGGCAAGAAGAAUAGGAGAUAAGCCAAUUUACAGAAAGAUGCAACCAAACUGAUUGGGAGAUCUUACAUCAUGCAUCAAGAUAAUGACCCAAAACAUAGUGCCAAAGCAACAAAGGAGUUCAACAGGGGCAAGAAGUGGAAGGUUUUAGACUGGCCAAGUCAAUCUCCAGACUUAAACCCUAUAGAGCAUGCCUUUUACCUGCUAAAGAGGAGGCUGAAGGGGGUAACCCCCCAAAACAAACAACAACUGGAAGAGGCGGCGCUGAAAGCCUGGAAAAGCAUCACAAAAGAAGAAUGCAAAUGUUUGGUGAUGUCAAUGGGUCACAGGCUUGAUGCAGUUAUUGCAAGCAAAGAAUCUCCAACUAAAUAUUAAGUCUUAUUCACUUUAAUCUAGUUUUAGUCAAUCUGUUCCAAUACUUUUGGUCACAUGAACAAUGGGUGGGUUCAGACAAAAGGUGCUAUCUUCUAAAUUGUGUUUAUCAGAUCCAGAUGAAAAUACCUGGAAAUAAAAGCUGAACUGUU